UGGACACCCCCGAUCAAGCAAUUCUGACUUUACAGUAUCAAUCACAAAAAUGGCUUCCUCUAAGCUCGGAAGCUCAUGUUCCUUCUCCAGUCUUCUACUUUCCUGCUUGAAUUUCACACUGUUCAUCCUCUCUGCAGCCUCUCUUGCUCCCAUAAUACUCCUCAGGUUGCCUCCGACUUCGAUGGGAAUGGCAUUACUCAUGGUCUCUUGCAUCUCAAUGCUCUCCUCCUUUGCGGGCUUCUAUUCUCAGCUCUCCCACUUUUGUUUCACAACCCACAUCUCACUUCUGCUGGCUUCAGUUAUCGGCCAAUUACUCAGUAUUUUGGCCUUAUUUACAAAAGAAAGAUCCAGCCUUUCCUCGCUCAAGUCGACAAGGGACCCCAGAGAGGCAAAGCUUUUGGUGAGGCUCGAAUGUGGGGUUUUGAUGGGAAUGUUCUUGAUGCAGUUGGUUGUGUUGGUGUUGAGCUGUGCAGUACACAGCUGUUGGGUGAGAGAAUACGAGGGACUGGAGGCAGAGAGAGAGGCAACAGCAAGGAAGAGAAGUAAGAGGAUUGCGAAAGUGCAGGAGGAAUCCAUGGUCAAUUUAGCAAAAAUUGCAGAGGUUAGAGCAAACGAGUUGGAUGAGAAAAUGAAGAACAAGUAUCAUGUGCAGUGGGUUAAGACUGAUUUUGAAGGCUAAAAUCAUGUCCUAGCUGGAUCGUAUAAAUGUGAGUUUUCUGUCCAUUUUUUUGUGUUUCUGGGGAUCACUAUUGGUGUGGCCAAUUUGAGUAUGUGUUAGUGGGGAUGCAACAGCUAGGGGGGCUGUUCUUUUGGGAUGUGAGGGCUGUGUACCAGUUAUGUACUAUUGUGUCUAUUGCCUCAUAGUUUUAACAUUUCUCUGUUCAUUGCACUCUAUUCCUAACCCCAAAUCUUCUAUUCUUUAUUAGUUGAAGUUCUGACCAAUUGGCAGAAGAGAAUAAUGAAUAUAAAUUAGAUGGUCCAAUGCACAUUAAAUAUUCGAUCCAAAACUGUCCAAAAAUCUUGAACAUGUAAUUAAACGUUGUAGAGUCCACAUGAUGUAUCUAUUUUUCUCUACAUUUGAACUCAAUUUGAUCGGAUAGAUUUCUGCUCGAGUUUAUAUUAAGCAAAAGAAAAAGUUCUCACGUGAAUUGAAGCUGAACACUUUCAAGUUUUGUCUGCCCACCACCCUCGCCAGUUGGGCCACUUCCUUAUCCCAAUUCAUACGGUAAGGAUUGAAAAGAAGGCCCAAAUCCCGUUAUAUUGAUGCAACCGAAGAAGUUGUACCAGAUGAAGAAGAAGAGGAUGGAUAUCUGUUAUGCAACUACAUGCGACACACAAUUACAUCAUAAGGAAAGAUGGAAUUCUGGAGUCUGAAGCCAAUGAACGGAAAUUCAAAGUUUUGAAGAAGCUAAUGGAGGGAAUGAAAAAGGCAACAACUCUGGAAUUAGGGGUCGCUGGGUGUCUGUCUCCAUCACAUUCCUAGCUCUCAGAGGACAAUCUGAGUGCACAUAAAACUUGGUUUCUGCAUGAAUGAGAGAAAUCAUUACUAAAAGGUGAAAUAGGUUUGCGAUAGCUGUAUUUAUGUUAUAAAUGGUGCUAGAUAUGGUAAGGUGCUGGUGUAACCAUUCAACACAACCUUCGUGUCCAAAACUAAAAUCCCACAUCGAUGAAAAGCAACAAAUUUCCAUACUUUAUAUAGCCACAUAGAGGCAGAGUGGAUUGCCGGGCUUGGUAACGCGAGCCUGCAACCCGAGUGGGGGCACCAAAGUGAUGGGACGCUCGCAUAUUCUACCGGGUUGGGCUCCAGUGGCUUCUAACUGGCCUGCCCGUUCCAAGCCAAGAGUUGAGUCAGGUGGCUUGGGCUAAGGCCCUCGGGUCACGUGGUUCCUAGAGUUGGAGGGCACAGCGUGAGGCUGGUUUCACAGAGCAGCGACUACCUCCCGCUCCUGGCAGUGGAAGGACAACGGGCUAGUGCCGCUCGGACCCAUCAAAGACCCGGUGGAUUUGAUCCUGCUGGACCAUCACUUUU